AUGUCGUCGCCCACCAUGUCGGCGGCAGAGGCGUGGGGCGAUGGGUCUUCGUUCGGGGCCGACCCGUUCGAGGAAGGCGCCGAGGACAUGCUGUGGGCGCACAGGUGGCAGCGGUCGCUCACCUCGCCGGCGAAGAUGCAGUACACCAACGAUGCCGUUACUCCCGCGAUGUUGUAUCAGAUGCAGGUGAGCAGCGGCUGGAACUGA